UCUAGCAUUUGUCAGAGUAGGAAGUGCAGUUUGCGGUAACAGUGAAUUGAAAGUACGCCAUAAAUAUGGCGCCAAAAGAGUUUUCAAGCUGAUGAUAAGAGCUGAUUUUUCUCCGUGUUGUCUUUUUUUUUUGGUGGGGGUGGAGGGAGAGGUUGCAAGACAAGACCCGCCUGUGCAUUAGUGCAGAGCGGUGUGUGCACGUACACCGCGCCGGAGGAGUGGAAACGGCAGCAAGUGAAGACGAGCGGACGGAGCUGGAGGUUUUAUUUUUGAAGGAGGGACGUUGCGAAACUGGCUUGCAAUCUUUUCUGACUCAUCGUUUGGAAAUAAAGCACCCUUUUUCCUCUCUCUACAGCACCACAGCCUCCUCUUGCUGCUCCGUCCCCUCCUCCCGUUACCGCUGGCACCGGAGAGGAAAACAGUCGGAUUUUUGACACCACGUUUGGGGCUUUUUUUUUUUUUUUUUUUUUGCAAAAUGCGACAUGCUUUCCUGUGAGCGCUGUGUUGUGCGCACCUCGCAGUCCGCUUCAGCAGCAGGACCAGCGGCUUGUUAUUGACCGUACCUCAGUGUGGCUGCCACUUUUUUUUUUUUUUUUUGGAGGGGGCAGGAUUUUAUUUCGGAUUUGGACUCGUCGGUCGUCGGGGCUUUGCAGAGCUGACGCGCUGUCAACACGCACCGUGAAGGGGAGGGGAAGGGACGGUCCUGUCACCCAACGUGGACCAGGAGUCGCGGGGGCCGUUUAGCAGCUCUGCUAGCAGCCUGCCAGGGGGGCACCGAGUGGGCAAAACUGAAUUAAAAGCUUUGCUGUUAAACUACAUGUGCCUGGCUUCCAAUGAUCUCCUAAUCUGUGCGAAUCGCCUGCCUGCGUCCAGGACCGAGGACGUCUCCGAACCAGACGCUGACUGCAAUCAUGAUGGAGAGCGAAAAGAAGAGGAGAAAAUACUCCACGAGCAGCAAUGACUCUGACACCACUGACAGUCAAGUGACGUCGUGGUCCAGGUCGUCCAAGAAUACGGGCACCAGCAGCACAUGGGUUCGCCACCAGCACAAGAAACCAUCCGAGGUAUUUCGCACCGACUUCAUCACGGCCAUGAAGCUGCCGGACUCGGCCCAGCUCGGCCCAGACGACUUCUACGUGCUGUCUGACCCCUGGAGACAAGAGUGGGAGAAGGGAGUGCAGGUUCCUGCUAACCUGGAGGCCAUUCCAGAGCCGGUGGUCAGGUUGCUCCCGGAGUCGACAGGUGGUCCGUCCAGCGGCGGCCAGGACGGGGAGGGUGUAGCUCAGCCGCCUCCGACUCAACUGUACAGCUGCUACGACCUGGACGACCUGGAUGUCGCCUGGCUGCAGCUGGUCAACCAGGAGUUCAGACAAAUGGCCUUACCAGAGCUGGACGAGCUGACGAUGGAGUGUGUUCUGGUGGAGCUGGAGAGCGUGUGUGAGGAGAAGAUGCGGCAGGCCAUCGAGACGGAGGAAGGCCUGGGCAUCGAGUACGACGAGGACGUGGUGUGUGACGUCUGCCGCUCACCGGAGGGAGAGGACGGCAACGAGAUGGUCUUCUGUGACAAGUGCAAUGUCUGCGUUCAUCAGGCGUGUUACGGCAUCCUGAAGGUACCGCAGGGGAACUGGCUGUGUCGGACCUGCGCUCUGGGGGUCCAGCCAAAGUGUCUGCUCUGCCCCAAGAGAGGGGGAGCCCUGAAGCCCACCCGCAGUGGAACCAAGUGGGUCCACGUCAGCUGUGCCUUAUGGAUCCCUGAGGUGAGUAUAGGCUGUCCAGAGAAGAUGGAGCCCAUUACCAAGGUUUCCCACAUCCCUGCCAGCCGCUGGGCUCUGUCCUGCAGUCUGUGUCGAGAACACACAGGAACCUGCAUUCAGUGCUCCAUGCCCUCCUGUAUUGUGGCCUUCCAUGUGACAUGCGCCUUCGACCACGGCCUGGAGAUGAAGACCAUCCUGGCCGAGAACGACGAGGUGCGCUUCAAGUCCUUCUGUUUGGAGCACAGCUGCGCCGUCGCCAACGGUUCUGCAGCCGCCUCCAGUUCCACCGUGGUGAGCAAUGGCAACCACACCGCCGCCAACGGAGCUCACGGUGCUGCCAGACCUGACUGGGACGCCGCUGCCAUCGGUGUGACCUCCGAGCUCCGGCAGGACCAGCAACACGAGCCGAACGGCAGCAGCGACGUAGAGCAGAGGUCGGUAUCUCACCUGGUUUCGGUGUCGGCGUCGGAGCGAGCCGAACGGGACCAGCUGGAGAGAGAGAAGGUGAGCCAGAGGAAGCAGAAGCUGCAGGAGCUGGAGGACGAGUUCUACCGACUGGUGGAGCCGAGGGAGGUCGCUGAAAACCUGGGGCUGCCCGUCACCCAGGUGGACUUCUUAUAUCAGUUCUGGAAGCUGAAGAGGAAGGCCAACUUUAACCGACCUCUGGUGACCUUAAAGAGGGACGAGGUGGACAACCUGGCCCAGCAGGAGCAGGACGUCCUCUACAGACGCCUCAAACUCUUCACACACCUCCGACAAGAUCUGGAGAGGGUGCGUAACCUGUGCUACAUGGUGACGCGGAGGGAGAAAAUGAAACACACUCUGUGCGACCUCCAGGAGAAGAUUUUCCACCUGCAGAUACAACUACUGGAAGAGGACAUGGCCGGAGAGAAAACCCAGAAGGGAGAAAAGAGGAAGCAGAAUGGAGUGAAGGAUAAAGGGAAGGAGAGGAGGAAGAGUAGUCCUGAGAAGAAAAAGGAGAGAUGGAAGUCAGAGAACGGCUCCCUGCUUAAAGAGCUAGGUCUGUCCAAGUCCUUCCCAUUAGACAACCCUCUGUUCGAUAGCUGGCUCGCUCAGUCGGUUCAGAUCACCGCUGAUGACAUGCUGAGCCAGUGGGCUCUGGGGGCUCAACAUCGGGACAAGAGCGGCAGCCUUCUGUCUGACCAGCUCCUGCAGGGCGAGGAGAGUCUGCUGAACCUUAUGAUGGAGAAUUCUAUGCAGUCCACCUGGAAAACACCCCAGCUGGGCCGCAAACCACGAGGGAGCAACAAGCCCCGCGCUCGUGCACAACCUGCCGCUAACACCCAGGCUCACGCGCUGAUAUCUGCAGCGGCUGCGUCCGCCGCCAGCAGCCCCUCCACCGCCAAGAGCCUCUGGGCGAGUGUGGCAGAGGAGAAGUCCAGCCACGUGGGCCGGAGAGGGGAGAGAUCCAGGAGCUCUUCCAAGACCAUGCACCACCACCACCACCUUCAUCACCACCAGACCAGGAGCUCUGACCUCCACAGGGACCCACCACCGCAGCCACCCAUCUCCAAAAUGGAUUCCUGUCACAUCUCGGAGGACCGCGGCCCGUGGGACAGCAUCCACACGGGGAACGGUGUCGCAUCAGGAGCUGCGUGUGGUUUCACAGCGAGCUCAUCUCCACCUCCAGCCUCCAGCCCCGGGGUCACGGUGCCCGACACUGGGGCGAUCCUUCGCGGUGGGGCCCCUCGGCUCCGUCUGUCCCGCCAGGGUAAAUCACGAGGAAGGGGCGUCGGUGGAGGUGUGACGGGGCUGGAGUCCAUGGACCUGCAGCACGCAGGAAAGGACAUGUCCCUGUUGGACGCUGCUGAGACUGACGGGUACUUCUCUGACGGGGAGCAGAGCGAUUCAGACACGCGCUCCGGCAGGCGCAAACUCCGCCUGCCACAGUUGCAUUCUGGGAACGAGGACCUGCUGAGAAGGAGCGUGCUGGCAUCGUAAAGAACUGAGACUCAGAACAGACAAAUACACACACACACACACACACACACACACACACACACACAGUUAUCCAAGCAGAGUCCUGCUGGCUAAUUGUUUUUCCAUCUGUGCCCAGUAGACAGUCUACAAAACAUGGCUGGAUGGCUUUGUUCAACCAAAUCCCUGUCACAUCUACGAGUGGGAAAUCUCUUCAGCUCUUAACCUGCUUUGUUUUGGGGGGAAUUUGAAUGUAGCUGUUGCCUAUCGUACAGUAAAGCUUCUCCACUGGACCGCAGUUUGUUGUUAGCUUACCAUAAGAUGCUACACAUUCAACAAAUAGGAAACAAACAUUACCUUUAGUCUUUUUUUUGUGUUUGGUUUGUAUAUUUCAGAUUCAUCUUGUUUCUGGGCGUUGAAGUACCCAGUUCUGGCCUCAUGUCUGUGGUAUCUGCCAGGCUUGGGAACAAACACUUUGGGGCAUUAUUAUAAUUAUUAUUAUUCAAGCUGGUUUCAGGGUAUGCUUCAUUCUUGGUCUCUAUGGCCUGAGUUGCAUCCAAUGAGUCCUUGUUUUCUUGAAUAUGUUCAGUGGAAAGACGAUUUCACACCAUUUGGUCUGAAUAUGUGCAGAGGGUGACGUGGGACAACAUGUAUUCAGCCUUGAAAAGCACAACUAGCUAGUCAUAAUAGCUGUAAUGUAAGCACUCGUGUGUGCAUAAGAGAUGCUCAUGCAGGGUUGGGGUCAAUUUUCUUCCCUUCGACUCGAUUGCAAAACGUACACUGAAGCCUUCAUUCUCAAAAUUUGUUUUCACGUACUUAAAAGAACAAUAAUAGUUUCCAGUCUUUCCGGUUUUUGAACAGCAGACAGAUUGACCCCAGCCCUGGUGCUCAUUCAGAUUGUCACACAGAGAUACAAACACACAAACUCAGACAUACUGACACAUAAACUACUAUAAGCAAAUCCCUUUGCUCACAUCACAGAUGUUGAAAUAUUAGAUCUGACUUUUGUCAGCUGUUUUCAAAUUCUUCCUACUUCUGAGGUCUUUUUUUUUUGUUGUUUUUUUUUCCCCAAGUCUUUGGAGAAAAAUCAUUGUAGAAACUCUGUGCCUUCUGUCGCUCGCCCUGUGGCCCUGCCUCCCCCUUUACCCCCGACAACCUUCACAAUCAACCAAACAAUCAGUGAGUAGAUCAAUCAGUCGUUUCUCAAUCGGAUUUGUAACAAUCAAACCAAAAGGAAAUCCCGUCGUCUGGUUGCCGAGCGUAGCCAGCAUCGAGCUCCUUGUCACCUUAACAAGUGUGUAGUGCCUGAAACAAGGAUGUAAAUGCAGCGUUUGCCGUUUAUCAACAAAGAAUCUGCAGCCGUUAGCAAAGCAGAGCCCCGAUGUACUAUCAGUGCAAAGAGCUGCCCACUAUUCUGUGCCCCUGUAACUUCAUCACUGCAUCCAGAGUCAUAUAGGAACAGAGUUUGGCCACGUCACACUGAGGCCGCCAUGCUGCUGCGUCUUUGAAAGAGCGGCCAAAAAUAGAUUCAUUACUCGAGUUUUGCAUAUGAAAAUACAGCUCAGUUUCAGACAGAAUCAUAAAGGUUAGUAAAACAGAGAAGCCUCAUUUACAUUUUGUCACACUGUUGCCUUAUCUGGCAUUUUGUAAAUGAAUGAGACAAAGAAUCUAAAGUCUAAAGGUCAAUUUAGCUUUUUCUGAUCUUUCAGCCACAUCAUAACGUGUCCUCAGAUUGGAAAGACACAAGCAUCCUAAAGUUUGUAGGCCCUUUUUUCUCAUUAAUAUACAGCAAACACCUUCUCACUGUGAUGUUACCAUGAGCAUCCAGUGUGCAGUUUACAUGUGAACUAAAGUUAUUUGUGGUUACUAUGUGAGGCUUUGGGUGCUCAGUUUAGCUUUCAGACAAACAUCGAGAACAAACAGUCAUGUUUCAGAUCACGCGUGUAUGUCUAUGCAGUUUAUAAAUCUGAUCAGUAAAUGAGUAAAGGAGUAAAUGUGAUGCUGUUUUAUUCGGCUAAGCACUGAGCAGGUUUGUGUGGCUGCUGCUACAGUCUGACGUGGCCACGCUCUCGUACCCGAUGGCUCUGCUGCUCGUGUUCCUCCUGUUAGAUAAAUGAAGACGGCGUAGUAAUCAGCUUCAGAGGCCUGCGCUCUUAAGUUCUUGAAUUGAGUUGUAAAUUUGUUUUUAAAAAGACUUUUUGUUAUUCUCUCA